CCAUCAUCCAUCGCCAAAUUAACACAGUAAUACCAAAUAACAACAUAAUACGACAUCGUAUCUGACCUGUCUUUGUCUUUGUGUUCUUCAUAGCCAUCCAUGCCGAUCUACUCUUCGUCGUCUGAUUCCGAGGACCACCACCACCACCGGCGGCCGACGCCGGUGGCUUCUAGAAGGCCCCAUUUUGGUCACGGCGGUGGCAGACCCAUGCAUAUGCAUGCAAGACUUGGGGGUGGACAUGUUGCUGAUAUAUUGUUGUGGAGGAACAAGAACUUAUCUGCUGCAAUUCUGGUUGGAUUCACAUUCAUAUGGUUCCUUUUCGAAGUGAUGGAGUACACUUUUGUUAGCCUUUUGUGCCACAUUUCCAUCUUAGCAAUGGCGCUCCUUUUCCUCUGGUCUACCGGCGCUGCUUUUGUUGAUUGGAAUCCACCUAAUUAUCGAGCAUUUACCGUACCAGAAUCAACAAUUAGAUGGCUAUUAGGGAGGCUGAAUUAUUUCUUAUGGAAAUUCUGCGAAAUUUCUUCUGGACAAAAUAUAAGAACCUUUUUCUUGGUGAUCACUGUGCUGUGGAUACUGUCAGUAAUUGGAAAUUAUUUCAGCUCCUUGAAUCUUUUAUAUAUUGGUUUUGUGUGUUUGGCGACGUUGCCGGCAAUGUAUGAAAGGUAUCAGAAUGAGGUGGAUUAUCUGGCAAGUAAAGGGAAUCAAGAUAUGAAGAAAUUGUAUGACAGAUUUGAUGCCCAAGUUCUUGACAAGAUUCCUAGGAAACCUGCUAUGAAGGAAAGGAGGAGGUUCUGAUCCAAUACUAUACAUAUAAUCAGACUAAUAUAUAUAUAUACUAUGAUUGUAUGCAGUAUGAUAUGAUGUUGUAAUUUGGAAAUAAUGUAAUUUUAUUUGUAAAUGUCGUGAAAAUAAAAGGAAUGGGAUGCUGCUGCUAUUGUUAAUUUUAACGACUACUUCCCUGCAAAAGGACUACAAUCCCAAUUAUUAUACCAUGUACAACUAAUAUAAGGUCUAUUUUUAUGUAUGC